AUGAAGACCCUUACGACCGAAGGUUUGACCGUCGAGCUCACUGUAGCUGGACAAGUGCUCCAUGAGUACGAAGAUGAGGACUCGACUUUGGGAAAUUCCGCUUCGUCCUACGUUGAGGUGGACGAGGGCUCGAACUUCAUGGUGCGCGUGACCGCGAGAGAGAAUAUCGCGCCUUCUCCGCUGGAUAGACUGGGGGUUUCAAUACGGCUUGACGGCAAGUACGUGGUUGGCAGGUUAUGCAGUCUGGAAAGGAUGCACCAUGGAAAAGCUACAUGGUCUUUUGAAGGCCGCGAGAGGAACACCAGCCGCGGCACAGUCAUCGAGCGAUUCCAAUUCGCCCCGCUCCAAACCAGCGGGGAGAAGGUCGAAGCCUUCAAAAGUUUGGGCGAAGUCCAGGUUGACUGCAUCUUCGAGAGGCCACGAGGCAAGCCACGCGUCGUCCAAGAUGACUCUCGCUUCGAGUCUGCCUUUGCAUCGAACAUCAAUGAGAAGUGCUUGAAAGGACGUUCCAUCUCGAACCAUGCUACGCUCGGACCGCAAGAGCUGCGAGGAGGCUCUCAAGUGACCAUGCAAUCAACGGACAGACCGUACGGACCCGAGCCGUUCGCAACUUACAAGUUCAAGUAUCGUUCCAGGCGAGAUCUUCAAAUCGAAGGUAUCAUCCCACGGUCUCCUUCUCCAACGCCUCUUGAAGACCGUGACCCAGACGACCUUACCCCGGAGGAGGCGCGUGAGCUUGUUCGCCGCAUGCGAGAGCGCGAGAAACUUCAGGCUGCCAUCAAGAAGGAAAUAAAGCGCGAGAAGCGCAACCGAUCUGAUACCCUGAAUGUCGACGACGAGAGCGACCACGAGGGCGUCCUCGUUACUGGCGAGGGCCCAGCAAGGAAACGUGCGCGAGCGUCGACUGACUCAGGUAUCGAAUGCAUCGACCUGACUGGAGAGUGAUAUGGUCGUUUGCGAUUUUGCUUUCCACUAGCUUUGUUACUUUUCAGAGAUACCCAGAUUCUGCGUUGCAUGUCCAGCGUGGCGUAAUGCUAUGGAGCUGUAGUGUAUAGGUAUUUUAUGGAGAAACGAUCGCACAUUCAUCCUCACGCGAUCGAGGGCAUGGGGUUUUGCUCUAGAUCUUUCGGCAGUCCUGGCAGGGGCACGAAUAGUCUAGAGCUUUAUGCUACGGUCAUUGCUACCUGACCACAAAUAUAAAAUGACAUUUCUUAC